UGGCCCACAGGAUGGGACCAGACGCCAGGAAGUGACGUGUUAGAACCGGACAGAGGAAGUUUGUGUGUGUAUGUUUGGGUGUGUGUGUGUGAGUGUGUGUGUGAGUGUGAGUGGUGCUUGGACGGAGGGAAAGUUUUUUUUCUUUCCCUGGAUCGGACAGGACUGGGUUGGGAAUACAGUGAGAACCCUGUGAGAGCUUUGUUUCCGCUGUGCUGUGAGCGCGUGAAUGCGCGUUUCCGGGCGGCGGCAGUGGUGGCGGCGCGAGUCGGAUCUUCUCUCUGCCCGGUUUGGUGUGUGUCUGCUCGGCUGACAUGGGGAAGGAGCAAGAGCUGCUGGAGGCGGCACGCACCGGGAAUGUGGCCGCCGUGGAGAAGCUGCUGAGCGGCAAGAGAGCGACGUCCGGUGGUGGCGGAGGAAUAGGAGGAGGAUUUGGAGGUGGAGGUGGUGGAGGAGGCGCGGGACACGGCUCGAGCGGCGGCGUACACAGCGCGAGCGCUCACGCGCUCUCCAGCUUACUCAGUAUUUGGAGGGUCCCUAAUGUGAACUGUGUGGACAGUAAUGGAUACACACCUCUCCACCACGCAGCGCUGAACGGACACAGUGAGGUGGUGGAGUUGUUGUUGAAGAGCGAUGCUGUCACUAACGUAGCGGAUAAUAAGGGCUGUUAUCCGCUUCAUCUCGCUGCGUGGAAAGGAGAUCAGCGCAUCGUCCGGCUGCUCAUCCACAAGGGGACAUCAUAUCCCAAACUCAACGAACAGACUCUAGACCACAGAGAAUUCAAACGCUGUGGCCCGUUUGACCCCUAUAUUAAUGCCAAGAACAAUGAUAACGAGACCGCUCUGCACUGUGCGGCGCAGUACGGACACUCUGACGUGGUGCGUGUGUUGUUAGAGGAACUGACCGACCCCACCAUGAGGAACAACCGCUUCGAGACUCCACUGGACCUUGCUGCGCUCUAUGGUCGCCUCGAGGUCGUCAAGUUGCUGCUGUGUGCUCACCCAAACCUGCUCCACACACACACACACACUUUCUCACACACACCGCUUCACCUCGCCGCACGCAACGGACACCUGCCUGUUGUAGAGGUGCUGCUCAGUGCCGGAAUGGACAUCAACUUCCAGACGGAGAAAGGCAGUGCCCUUCAUGAAGCUGCUCUCUUUGGGAAGACAGAAGUGGUACAGAAGCUGCUCAGUGCAGGUAUCAACGCGAACAUCGUGGACAACAAGAACCGCACGGCGCUGGACAUUGUGAAGGAAAUGCCGUCUCAGAAAAGCCGCCAGAUCGCUGCUCUCAUCCAGGCUCAUACGAGCGGUCAGCCUCCUGAUCUCCCGCCUCCUUCAGCACCGCCUCCCCAGGAGAACCUAAGAAGGGUUCAAGAUGUGUGUGUAGAUGUGUGUGAGGAGAGCCCGUAUGAAGCGCUGUUUGAAGCCUCAUCAUGUCACUCGUUGGACAGUUUGGCCAGCGGGAAAUCGUCCGACCGAGACUCAGGAAGACCAGAGAGUGAAGCGGGCAGGUCAUUUGUGAAGGACCGGCCUCCACCUCCGUCCCACUCUGGAGGAGCAGCGCACGAGGAAGAGCUCAGUUCCGAGGCGGUCUACACCAGCAGUAGUUUGGAUGAGAGACUGGAAGAAGAUGAGGAUCAUACAUAUGAAACUCUGCACACAGCACGGACCAAACUCCCCACUGACACGCAAUCGGACAAGGAUUCUUCUGCCAAGUCUUCUAACAACCUCUUACCUCAGCAGCGGAAGACCACCACACCUGGUGACGUUCGACCUCCAGGCUCAAACACACACACACUGAAGCCUCCUGGCAGCACUCUUCCAUCUGGAGAGAGCUCAGCCGUGCCCGAGCAGUUCACCGGUCUUCUUCACGGAUCAUCGCCUGUCGUCGACACUCGGGAAGGAGUGGAGCCUUCGCGGUUGCCCUCUGAUCCCGCGGCCCCUAAGUGCCCGCCGUCGGUUUCCAUGGCAACCAUCCGGACUGACCCGGACCCCAAGGCCAUCUACGCUACUGUGAACAAAGAGCCCCGUGACUCGCCGAACCGGAACCGUCCCGGAGACCUGAAGCUCUCCCGCAGCCUGUCCAAGUCUGACUCGGACCUGCUGUCGACUCCGCCCACUGAAGAGGAGGUGGGGCUGUGCGGCCGCAGCGAAUCGGUGUCCAACUGCAGCGUGCCCAAGAGGAGGAUGGAGAAAUCGCCGUCGUUCACGUCAGAGUGGGACGAGCAGAGACAGAGGCGGUACUCGUCCGAUUGCCGGAGACUCUCGCCCUCGCACAACAUCGAGAAGAUCAUGACGCUAAUCGGAGCGGGGAUCGACUUCUCUAAAGAGCAGGAGAGCGGCUUAACAGUGGCGGGGAUGAUCUCGGAUCAGUCAGUGGGUGACUGGCUGGAGCGUGCGGGCUUGCCGCAGUACGAGAGUAAACUGCUUCUAAACGGCUUCGACGAUCUGAGAUUCAUGGGGAGUAAUGUGAUGGAGGAACAGGAUCUGAAGGAGAUCGGGGUCACAGAUGCGACUCACAGGAGGAAAUUGCUGAACGCUGCUCGCACACUACCCAAGGUUAAAGGCUGUGAGGGCAGUGUCUCUCUCUCCUCUUGGUUGGACUCGUUGGGUCUGAGUGAAUAUCUGCACAACUUCCUGCAAAGCGGAUACAACACACUCGAGGCAGUGAGGAACCUGUGGGAGCUCGAGAUAGUAAAUGUGCUGAAGAUCACCUUGUUGGGUCACAGGAAGCGAAUUAUCGCAUCAUUAACUGAGCGACUGUAUGACGAGCCACCAGUGAAACCACCUCGACUCUCUCAGAUCAGAUGUCCUGAUCUGAUGCUUCAGGCUUCAUCAUCUGCUCUGGGUCUCCCAGACUCGUACAUGCAACACUCAAUGGAUCCUGCAGGGGAUUCUGGGAGGACAAAGGGGGCGGAGUCAGACUAUGACCUGUCAAACAGAUCCAGAGCACAGGAGAGGUAUGAGGACCAGCGUGCUGAGUCGAGGUUGACCCUGCGCCCCCCCAGUCAGGCAGCUCCAUGUGCACCUGUGCAGAACUGGCAUCACAAACCAGAGAAACUCAUAUUCGAGUCCUGCGGCUACGAGGCUAACUAUUUAGGUUCCAUGCUCAUUAAGGACGUGAGAGGAACCGAGUCCACACAAGACGCCUGCGCUAAGAUGAGGAGGUCUACAGAGCAGAUGAGGAAGGUUCCUACUAUCGUCCUCUCCAUCACAUAUAAAGGAGUCAAGUUCAUCGACGCGGCUAAUAAGAACAUCAUAGCAGAACAUGAGAUCAGGAACAUCUCUUGUGCGGCUCAGGAUCCAGAGGAUUUGUGUACGUUCGCAUACAUCACCAAAGACCUGCAGACCGACCACCAUUACUGUCAUGUCUUCAGUACGGUGGAUGUGAAUCUGACCUAUGAGAUCAUCCUGACUCUGGGACAGGCGUUUGAAGUAGCCUAUCAGCUGGCUCUCCAGGCUCAGAGGACCAAUCAGAAGCAGAAGCAAAGUUUAGCAGUAGGGACGGAGUCCGAGAUCAACACCAAGAGUAGCAGACCAGUGCCUAAACCGCGUGGAGGGGCACAGAAGCCAGGGGUUGUGGAGUCUGCAGAUGACCCUUCAUGGCUUGUGGAGCCCAAAGACCCCAAACACACUGUCAGCACCCCCAAGUACGAGACCCCCAUCUACUGAACACAUGCCCACACACACACACACACACACACACACACACACACACACACACACACACACACUAUCCCCUUUCUUUGAUUCCUGGGUGCCUUCAAUGUGACUGCUUCCCACGUGUCGCUCUCUUUCUCCUGGUCUCUCACUCUCCUUGCACUCACAGUGUGUGAGAUAUCUCUCACACACACACACACACACACUCACACACAGCCCCUUAAUAUGUACAUUCACACACACCGCCCCAGCCUGUCUUCCUGCUCUGAUUGGCUGUCUCUCUCGUCCUCUCUGGUGCUGCGCAUGCGUGUAGUGGGCGUCGGCCGCGGUGAGGCUCUGUGGGCGGGGUCAGUCUGCCUUCGUCUUCCAUCUGACCGGAAACGCGACUGCCAAACCAAAAAAAAAACAAAAAAAACCCCUCACCACAGCCAAGGACACAAACGGGAGGCUUUAUGGAUUUCUUUACAUUUUUUAUUAUUUCAAUUUUUUUUUUCUGGUUAACUGACAUGGACCGAACCUCUGCGAGAUUCCAGAGGUUCCGUUCGAAUUGUCUGUCAGAUGCAAUGCGUUUUCAAAUCCCGCACUGUGACGAAACACAUCGCUCGAAGAUCGGAGGCUCUGUCCCAAACGCUGGAAUCGAUGAUUUUGGUCUUGUCCUUAUUGGAACGCCAGCCGUUUUCAGGCUUCAAACACGACGCGUAUGUUCGCGCGUUCGAAUGCUUUUAACCCAUAAUGCACUGUGAUCAUGCUGCUGAGAAAUUCAGAUUAGUGUGUCGUGAAAUAAAGGGCAGAUUUGUCAGGACCGGGAAGCAACGAAGAAGUUAACAGAGCGGCUAAGUAGCUCAGUAGACUUAUUUACUCUCCGAUGGCGUUUUGUGUCCUUACAGAAGUUCUGUCAGACACGAGCGUUUGGGGCGGAGCCAGGGGUGGGGCUUGUUUCUCUUUCCUUUUUUUUUUUUUUUGUAGCAUUGAUUAAUCACUGCACACGCAGGCUGUAAAUCUGCACACACUUAAACAUAUCACUUUUACAUUUUGCUGGCUUUUAUACUUAUUGUUUUUACCUGAGGUUAAGCCUUAAGUGUUUGUCAGGUGAGCCACUUGUAGCAUCUCACACACCCACACACACACACACACACACAUGUUCGUUAAAAUAGUGAUACUGAUAUAAAUGGUAAAAUAUUAUUUGCUGGAACAGUCAGUCACAUUUGUAUGUGUGUGUGUGUGUGUGUGUGUGUGUGUGUGUGUGUGUGUAAAGUAUCCCAUAACUUAAACAUCACAUGUCCUGGUACUGUAAUUACUGCUCCCUUAUACACAUCCCAAAAAAGACCUUCUUUAGAAAUAAGACAUUUUCUAGAACUCUCCUCACACCAAUACUGUACAGAAAAAAACUGAAAAAUAACGCUUUUUAUCAUUGUUGUUGUUUUUGUUUUAGUUUUGUUUUAGUUUUAUUUUAAAUCCUGGUUGAUUUGGUAUGUUUUGUAUUUUGAUUUCUGGAACGUUUCCUCGAGUAAGUUUAGUUCACAUGGCCUUCUGCCAGGAUCCUUGAGACAUGUUUUAACCCCCCGUGAGAAACCUUUCUUUUAUUCAGCCGACGCGCUGGAAGAAAUUUCGAACAAGGUCCAAACUUUAACGCAAUUUUAGACUUUUUUUUGGAAAGAUUCAUUUUAAAAACCUUUAUAAAGAGUCCCUUAGGCAUUUCUCACCAUGAAAAUAGCCAUAGAAGCUGGCAGGGCGUAAACAAAAACAAAUAAACAAACAGACAAGCAUGGAGUAGUUCGCCUCGGAGUAGUAUCCGAACAGGUGUCCGGAACAGACAGGGUCGACUUGACUCCUCACCUCAGCCAAUCACGUUACAGCUUGCUGCACUUCUUUAUUAAUAUUCAUGACCCGCCCCUUAGAGCUUUCCUUUGGGUUCUGGAGAGAAGGUAACGCUGCGGUGUAGAGUCUCGUCUCGUCUCACGUUUGUGUACGAUCCCUGCUGAAACAAAAACAAUCGAAGCCCUCGUAGAAUUUCUAAUAGUUUUAAUGGUUAGAACGGGAAUUGUAUUGGUUUUAAUGGAAGCUGUAACGGGCCCUGUGGAUGGUAAUUCUAGUGGAUACCAUUUAAGGAGGUUUUUAUUGGUUAGCUGAUGGUUUGUAAUGGUAUUUGUAGUGGAAAGCAUUAGAAUUUCUUUGACGGUUUCUGUUGUUGUUCAGCAGGGUUUACUGGGGUCUUUGAACGUUAGCGCAGUAGCAAAGCCCUCUGUAACUGUAGUAACGGAGCAAGUCGGUUCUGCCUGCCUCAGCGCUUCGGGAAUCUUUCCUUCCUUUUCAUUUCAUCCUUUUUUCCAGUGAGCACAGCAGACGGGUGUCAUUUUUUUUGUUUUGUUUUGGUUUAAAUAUAUACAUGUAUAUCUAACCUGUGUCUGUCUGUCUGUCUGUCUGUCUGUCUUCCUUCCCUUAGUUGAACAUGAUGCCAAACCACACAGGACCAGUAGCACGACUCUGACUGUUCACCUUACACGUCACCACUGUGAUCUCUGUGUCUGUGUGUGUGUGUGUGUGUGUGUGUGUGUGUGUCUGUCUGUGUGUGUGUGUGUGUGUGUGUGUGUGUGUGUGUGUGUGUGUGUGUGUGUGUCUAAAAAGGCAGAUUUACACUACAUUCAUCACACACAUUGUCAUGUUUUCUUUCGUUAUCCUUCCAUCGGUCAUCCAACAGCGUUAUUAUGGAUCAGUGUAUAGUUUUGCAAAUUUCUCUCUCUUUCUCUGUCACACACACACACACACACACACACACACACAAACAAUGGGCACCUUCAUCUCCUUCUGCUACACUGGAUGAUUGACACUGUGGACGUGUCCCAAUCCACUCAACCCAAGUGAGGUCCUCACACGCUGGACACUAACCUCGUACACUGUAUAUUUCCUUCAGAUGGUGUUAAGUGUCAUGUUGUUUUAACGACUAACCCCCUGAUACUGACUCUACUAGUGCACUCGGUGUAGGACUCCCCCUGCAGUCUCACUAGUGCACUCAGACUGUAGGACAUGACUAUAUACCUGGGCUGAGUGGAAGCUUUUACUGGACGUUUUAACGGUACGAGACUUUUAAUCUGACUCGAACUCACCUAAUGGAGUUCUCACCGAGUUAGUCGACCAAUCCCAAGCCCCGCCCACGAAGUAAUCACUCUAAGCAGCUACCACGACGUUUCAAAAGCUGACCAUGAGGCCUUCAGGACACGUGUAAAGGAAACGGCAUCAGAUUACUUAAAAAAAAAAAAUUUUUAAAAAUGCAUUAGAACGUUCGUCAUAUAUCGAAAUAUAGCUGCAUCUUUGAGUUAAUAUAUGGAGAAGCGGCGCUGAUUUGGCGUGACUAUGUCUUCGAAACGUGGGCGUGUCUUCAAGUUUAGACGAAGAAGUUUAUUGGUCUUCAUAUACAUGCUAGCCAGCUAGCUUACAACAAUUAAUCACGUUUUCACAGAAGCCCGCUCCCAUGAUGGAGGGGGAAACAUUUUAAAAGGUGAUGCUGACUUCAUAUCUCACAAUUCUGAUUUUUUAAUUUUAUUUAUUUAUUUUAAAAAAAUUUUAUUAAAGACAUCCACUUGACAUUGAGUGAGUUAGGAAGAAUGCACCGACAAAGCAUCGAUCGUUCUCUAUAAACAGGCUACAUGCCAGUCCCUCCAGGAUUUUGCGAACACAGAAAUUAACACACUAUCGAACAAUUUUUUUUUUUUUUCAAAAUUACCGCAAAUUUCCUGCAGAUUUGGGCCAGGACACGUCGUGUGACGUCAUCACAGCACGCGUCCGGUCAAAGCCGCUUUCGAUUCACGUGCGUGGAACACGAGUACAGCUAAACGGUCUCGCUUGGCGACAAACAUCACUGCGAAAGAGCGUGCGAGACAAUUUCGUGCAACCGAACUGAGAUUCCGCCAAUUCGGGUGGUUUUCCGGAGGAAAAAAAAAAACGCACGAAAAUCUUAAAAAGAAGUAAAAAUUGUGCAAUAUGAACUCGCAGUUGUGGGGAGAAACACACACAUCAGAACUGCGAGAUGUUCGCACACAGUUGUGAGGAAUACGGUCCGAUUUGUGCGAUUUAAACUCGCAGUUGUGGGAAAUAAAGUCAGAAUUGCAGGAUAUAAAAUAAAGUCGCAAUUAUACCUUUAUUUAUUGUUUUUUUUCCUCCGUGGUGCAAACGGGCUUCUGGCGAUUUCUCUUUCCUCCCCAGAGUUGGUAUUCUUUAGCAAUUACAAAUGAUUUUUAAUGCAGUAAAGAAUUAACGGUACUUUUUGCUUCUCUUCAUGUGUUAUAAAUUUGUGUAAAGUUUCGUUUUUUUUUUUUUUUUUUUUAAUAAACCAACUUGUGAGUAGCAGGGCUUGCUGAACAAGUCGGAGAAAAUGCUGAAAUUGGUGUGUGUGUGUGUGUGUGUGUGUGUGUGUGUGUGUGUGUGUGUGUGUGUAUGGAAGAUGCUAAAUCUAGAACAGUGCGGUACUUUACACAUCUAGUCUUAGUUUACAGAAAAAGACAUUUAUUUUAGGGUUUUAAAUCUGAUGGUGUCGGUACAGUGCUGAACAGGCAGGACAGCGCUAAACUAACAACGCUAACGUCAGCACUCCUUUCUUCUUUUUCUUUUUUUUUUGCGAGUAUUUUUAAUGAUUCUGAGAGAUUUUUUUGUUAAAGAUGUGAACAAUAAUAGACUGUAAAGUAAUCAGUGUGUAUUUUGAUACUUGAAUAUGAUUCUGCUUUUAUAGCUGCCUCUCUCUCUCUCUCUCUCUCUCUCUCUCUCUCUCUCUCUCUCUCUCUCUCUCUCUGUAUGUAUAUGUAUGUACUGUAUGUAUGUAAGGAUUAUUUUUCUUCCAUUAAUUCUGCUCAUGUAUUUUUUUUUUUUUUAAGCUCAAUGUAUCAGGGUGUGUGUGUGCGUGCGUGAUAAGACCGAGUGAAUCCUCACUACAGCAUGAAAAUGAGCGAGUGUAAAUAAUCCUGGGCUUCCAGUCUUUCUUUUUAUUAUUAUUAUUAUUAUUAUUAUUAUUAUUUUUCAUAAUCUGUAUAUCUAAUAAAUAAAUGAAAUCUUCA